AUGUCAUCACCUACGAAACACCCGUCGAGCCUGCAAAGCGCCGAUGCCAACGAGAUUCCUAUCAUCGACCUGUCUAGAUUACGGAGUCCACUUCUCAAAGAGCGCAAGAAGCUGGCAGGACAGAUCUACGAUGCUUGUACGAAUGUCGGGUUUUUCUACAUCAAGAACCAUGGGAUUCCCGAGGAUCUCAUAUCGGAACUCCAUUCGGUGACUCGUCGCUUCUUCUCGCUCUCAGACGACCAAAAAAUGAAGUACUACGUGGGAAAGUCCAAGAAAUACCGCGGCUACAUGCCUCUCUACUCCGAACAGCCCACCGGGUCCGAAGUAGACGAUCCUACCGAGCAAAAGUCAAUGGGUGCCCUGUCCGAGUCCUUCGAUAUCGGAUACGAAAUUGCAGGCGACGCGCAACGAGACCCGAACGAUGCUCUGCCUACUGACACCUUCAGUCUCUACGGGGACAAUCAAUGGCCCGGCGACGAGCUCGUUCCUGGGCUCCGGGAGACGUAUCUUCGGUAUUUUGCGCAGGCGUUGGAUCUCUGCCGUAGUAUGAUGCGGAUUUUCGCAUUGGCGUUGGACCUAGAGGAGGGGUUCUUCGACGAUAAGUUGAAGUAUCCUGGUGCCACGUCGAGAAUGUUGCAUUAUCCGCCACAGCCGGUGGAGGGAGCGGUUGUGGAGGGCCUUGGGGCUCAUACGGACUAUGAAUGUUUCACAAUCCUCUCCCAGGACCAGGUCCCAGCUUUGCAGAUCCACAGCAAUACUCGACAGGGAUGGAUACUGGCGCCUCCGAUUCCCGGGACUCUGGUGGUUAACAUUUCGGAUUGUUUAUCCAUCUGGACCAACAAAAAGUUUAAAUCAACUAUCCAUCGCGUGACGAACCUGACGGGCCAGGAACGGUACACGAUCCCCUUUUUCUUUGGCGUCGAUUAUGAUACCACGGUGUCUGUGCUGCCGAAUUGUAUCUCGCAGGAGAGGCCCGCGUGCAGCGAGCCGUUCAAGGUCGGUGAGUUUGUGCGGCAGCAGUUGGGGAAGGCGUAUGUUGGAUUUAGUGGAUAGUCCGUUGUCGAGACCUUGUGGGCAAGACGCACACGCUAUUUCUGAGUGGAAAGAGAAUCCAUUGGGUUAUAAGAGGUCAGUAUUCCGGCAGUUGUACCUCAAUCUUAGCCUGAUACAGCUCGACCAGAACCACUAGCAUGUCGAUAUGAAUAUUGUUGUCCCAUGUCCUGUUUAGCAGCGAUAAUGCUUUUAAAUCCGUAAUUGGCGAAAACAUGAAAUGUCCACCACCCAGGCACAGCCGAUGCCAAGAGGAAAACAUCCAGUCAAUCAUCGGGAGGGUUUAUCAGGAACGGAGGGAAGAGAGAGACGAUCCAUGGUUGGGAUGACAGGCAGAUCGACUGUCGCCGCCAAGAUCGGGCUGGCAAGUCUAGAUUCCCCCCACAUCCAGGAGAAAGGGGGAUGACGGCGCUGGAGUGGUUCGGUAGACGAGACAACAAGAGAAUUUAGUUGUCAAUAAAUUAUGCUCCAAGACCGACAGACCAAUGUGAGUGAAUGCGG